AUGGCUGAAGAGACGGAAUAUGCUAAUGACGAUUCUGUCUUUGGAAAUUCUCCCGAUUUACCACCUCCAGCGACCAUGGCUGUCCCUGAACCAGAAAGAAGAGCUUCUGUUACUUCCGCUUCUUCGGAAGACUCUACAGAUAAGUUGAUCAAAAGCUUGGAAUCAAAUCAUUUAGGCGACGGUGUCACUACUCUCGACAAAGCAUUGGCAGAAGCUGAAGCAAAACAAGAUGAAGCAAAUGAAGUAGAAAAAGAGGCUCUGAAACCAAGUGUUUCUGUUUCUCAGACCUCCACCAAGAAUGAAUAUGAUGGCAUGAUUAUACACAAGAUUGAACGGAAACCUGAACCUGAACCCGAACCUGUAUCCGAACAUGUACCGUCCGUGGACCCUCUGAAAGCUGCAGACGGAAAGAAGAAUAGCGAUGAUAAUACUAAUACUAUUAAUAUUAGUGGAUCUAAAAAGGCAGGAACAUAUCCAACGCCUCCCAUGAAGAAACCAGUUAAGUUUAGAGUUACAAGUGUCAAUAGCGAGCCUGUUCAUUCAAGAUCAACAUCAACUGGAUCACAAAGUGGUGAAUCUUCUCUCCCAAUAGCCAUAAGCACUUCAUCCGGAACAUAUAUUCGGAAACUGCUGAUGAAAACCAACAUAAGUGCCGAAGAAGCCACUACCCAACGACUCAUAAAGGAAACACAACAAAAGUAUGACAUUUUUCUGAGUAAAAUAGUGAAGAUUGAAAAGGAAAUACACUUUUUAACAAACUUGCUUCCUCCUUAUAACGUUGAGAUUGACUACCCCACUAGGGUUAAGAUUAGUAGAGCCAUUGAGAAGCUUCAGAUGAAACAAGAUGAAUUGGAUAAAAACAAGUAUAGUUUAGGUAUCCAAUUGAGUAGAUUAUGGAGAGACCAUGAGGAUGGUGAUCUUUGGGUACGGUCUGUGACCAAUCAAUGA